ACUCUGCUGGGCCGGCAGCUGCUGACUAGGUCGCCACACCCUACCUAUCGUGCUGACUCCUUCCCUGUUUUGACUUCCUGGCCGCGUCCCCUCACCCCGCACUGUAAACAAACGCGCAAAGGGAGGAAGAACAUCUCACCCUCAGAUAAGCAAGGCCAACUCAGAGAAUUAACAGGCAAGCCACACCUCUCCUCCUUUUACAAAUUUGAUCUUGGUUUGCAAAUGGAUAAUGAAGGGAGCAAUGUUAAAAAUUUCCUUCAUGCUAAUGGACAUGUGGUGCUUGAAAGAGUGGAUAACAACUAUAAUCUAAGAUCUUUCACUCAAAAAGAGAUAGAAGACAUCACCGGUGGGUAUGGCAUCGUGCUGGGAGAAGGGGGGUUUGGUAAGGUUUACAAAGGAAAACUCGAUAAUCAUCGUCCAGUCGCAGUAAAGAUAUACAAAAAUGGAACCAAGAAAGAAGAGUUUGCCAAAGAGGUGAUAGUGCAUUCCCAGAUAAAUCACAAGAAUGUUGUCAGACUGUUUGGUUGCUGCACAGAUGUAAAUGCUCUUACGAUCGUUAUGGAGUUUGUAUGCAAUGGCAACCUCUACAACAUCCUCCACUGCUGCAGCAGCAAUGCUAAUGGUUCUAUCCCCUUCCCUUUGGACAAACGUCUGGACAUCGCCAUUGAGUCAGCUGAAGCAUUAUCAUGCAUGCAUUCAAUGUAUAGUCCUGUUCUUCAUGGUGACAUCAAACCUGCUAACAUACUGCUAGAUGAAAAUCUUCGGCCAAAGAUAUCGGAUUUUGGGAUAGCAAGAUUGAUUGCCGCUGACGAGACUCAGCAUACAAGACAUGUCAUUGGUUGCAUAGGUUACAUGGACCCUUUGUUCUGUCAAAGUGGGAUUCUAACUCCAAAGAGUGAUGUAUAUAGUUUUGGAGUCGUUUUGCUGGAAAUCAUCACCCGAAAGAAAGCUGUGGACGGGAACAUCAUCCUUGCUCAAACUUUUGCUGAAGCCUGGAGAAAAGGGAAAAAGAUGAGACAAAUGUUUGAUGUGGAAAUUGCGAAUGAUAAAAAAAACAUGAAAUUUCUUGAAGGUGUCGCAAAACUUGCAGUCGAAUGCUUGAAAAUGGAGGCCAAAGUGCGUCCAGAAAUGGUUGAAGUAGCAGACAGACUUAGGACAAUUAGAAAAGCUUACCACCAACGCAAGGGCAGAAAUAAUACAGGUAGCAACUCUGGGCUUACUAAAAGUGGAAAGGCAGAGGAUGUCAACAACACCGACCAAAUUCCACCAUCUGUGGUACCGACCAUUUCCAUGUAUGAACUAAAGGAAAUAACCAGGAACUUUAGCAAUGAUGCUUUAAUAGGAGAUGGCUUCUAUAAUAAACUUUUUUUCGGAGUGCUCAAAGACGGACGUAAAUCCGUGAUCAAGAAGCUUACUAAAGAAAAUAUUUUGGAGGUUCCGGUUGUCUCAAGAUUCAGACAUGAGAAUAUUAUCCAGCUUUUCGGAUACUGUGUUGAAGGAGACACCCAUGUUCUUGCUUAUGAGUAUGCAUCCAGGGGAUCCUUGCACGGUAUUCUUCAUGGUAAAAAGAAUGUUAGGGGAGCUGAACCAGCACUGGUGCUAUCAUGGACACAACGCGUGAGGAUUGCCCUGGGUGCUGCAACUGGGCUCGAGUUUGUCCACGAGAAAGCACAGCCUUGCAUUGCCCACGGUUUCAUCAAGUCCAGCAAGAUAUUUCUCUUUGACAGUGACGUUGCAAAGAUUGGUUACCCUGGUGUUUCCAGACCGGCCUAUAUCGACUUAUUAGACAGAGACACUUACCGUCACAUUCCAUCCUGUUAUGAUGCGUAUGCGCCUGAGUAUCGAUUGACGGGACAACUUUCUACAAUGAGUGAUGUCUACAGCUUCGGGGUCGUGCUGCUGGAACUUUUAACCGGUCGAAAGACAGUUGAUAAUACACAACCCCCUGGCGAAAAAUCCCUCGUGACAUGGGCUACACCAAGACUUUCUGAAUGCAAGGUGCAAGAAUGCGUGGAUCGGAGGCUAGGAGGAGAUUACCCUCCUAAGGCUGUCGCCAAGGGGAGUGAUCACUGACGGUGGGAUGUGUAGUACCAAGCUGUAACUCUUAAGUAAGUAAACGGAAUUGAACCAACAGUGCAUUCAAGCAUGGAAGGUAGCUCAGCAGUUUUAACAGGCGGCAUAUUGAUGGGCAGUUUGACACUAGACUAGAUUUAGCAAAGUUCAUUCUCAAACCAGUAGCCAAAGCAAAGUUACCAAGAGUCUACUUGAAAAGUCCAAGCUGAUUUGGGCAAGCCUACAUAACAAAGCAAGGAAUCGUUUGUGUACUUCAUUAUAGGAAAGUCACGCUGCUCAAAGUGAACUGAAUCAUUUCCUCAAAAAAAAAAAAAAAAGUGAACCGAGUCAUCCCUCUGUUAUCAUUGC